UAAUCACAACUCGUCGGAGACGCACGCGCUAAGAAUUUGUCGGAGCUGAACGUGUUAAUUUAUUAUUAAGUGUUUUGUGAAUAUUCUUUGAAGAGUGGUUAUUCAAAGGUUCAACGCUUACUCACCUGGCUAAAAUAAAAGCUGGUAACAAACCCCCGGAUACAAUCAAUUCAUCCGCGUGUGAUAAGCGAAUUAACUUACCAUUGAUAAAAAGUGUUCAGUCAAAUAAAGCAAAAAUGCGUGUCAGCAAUAGUUUAUCUUUCUGCAGUCUGUUGCUAUUGGUGCUGCUGACGGGUUUCUCCCAUGCCAAACCCGUGGAAGAGUUAAGUAACUCUGAUACCGUGCCAAGUGAUUCGAAUGUGCAAGCACCCAAAAAUAAAACAGCUGUCACCGCUGGCGAGGAGCUGAAUACCGCAACAAAUCUGGUGUUGGCCGAAAACUACAAAUACGAUGUGGAAAUUCUUGAGUCGGGAGACAAUGAAGAUGCGGAUCGGGAAAGCAGCGAAGAGCUAGAGGAACGUUUCAAGGGUAAUGGUAUCCUCAACACAGACACAGAUUCCUUCGUUGCUGAAAAUAUUGAAAUGACACCGGUGGACGUGGAAUCGAGUGCGAUUAGUGAAAGCCAUAUGCUUCUUAGCAUUAUACUUUUGGUUGUGGCUCUGGUUUCCGUUUGCCUUUACGCUGGACUGGUUAUAUGGCGGUCACAUUUGGAGCAACGUUAUGGCAUGCGCGAGAGACUUGUCAAUCGGGAUGUGGAUGAGGAGGGCGUCGACGAUACAGACUAUCAUGUGGUUUAUCCUCACACUCUCAGCCCCUACGCUCCAACCACAAUCACAACAACAACGGCGGCUACGAUGCGUUCGUAGUCUGGUGUCAGUUUUGUGUGGGCCGAGAUUCAAUUAAGCUUAAGUUUAUUUUAAAUUGCACUUUAUAAAACCGUUAAUUGAGAGCUUACAUACGAAUGAGUGCAUGUAAUGAAUGCCAUAAAUUUACACUCACACACCUGUGUGCAUGGGAGCAUUGUCAGUUAACUACAUACAGUCACACGUGAAAUAAUAAUACUAAGGGUCAUUUUAGAAUACGCUCAACUGCUGGAAGUUUCUAGAGCGAAGUGGACAUGCCAAUUAGUUUUAAGUUUCUGUGAUAUUGUUCUAGAGACUCCUUGUACGACUUUAUACUAACCACAUGCUGAGAGCCAACAAUUAAACUUAUUUUUUAAUAAAACAACUUAUUCAAUAAAUGUUUGAAAAUGUAUAAA